UCCAGUUUUGUAGUUGUCGACGAAAUUUUGGCUAAGAAACGUCGUAAGGUGUGGAAUUAAUUUUUUUUUUCGCGUUUUAUUUGAAGGAAAAAAAACAAUACAGACUUUUUUUUCCAAUUUUUUAUUUUAUAAAUUUUUUUUUACCUACAAUUUAAUAAAAAACAGAAAAAUUUAUAGCGAAAAUUAUAAGAAAAAUAUGAGAGUAAAAUAAAUAAAAUAAAAAGAAAAGAAAAAAAAUUAAAUACGAAAAAAAUAAUUAAGAGUUUUUUUUUUAGUUUAUUAAAAAAAAAAAAAAAGUUAAUAUUGGAGUGUGUUUAACCGACUUGAAGUUGGUCGGUAUUACACGGUUCUUAUUAAAACGAAAUAAAAGAAAAAAAAUAUAAAAAAAAUAAUAAAAAAAUAUAAGAAAAGAGAAAAAAAGAAACGUAAUAAAAAAAUAAAUUAGAAAGACGACUGGACGAUGCUGAAAUAAUUGCUAUUCGAUAUUAUUAGAAAAAGUGCAGAAUAAGAAAACCCAUUAUGACGAAAUAUUUCUUAAUUUGUUAUUUAUUUAUAUUCACUUUCAAUGCAACAUGGGGACAACAGUAUGUAACACAAACAGUAUAUGGAUUUUUAGAUUUUACAACAACAAUCGGUAACACAGUGAUGGUGUUUUCACCACAAAGUUCUGCGCCUGAAACUACACCGGCUCCUCCAUCAAAGCCCGAAAAAAGUGUUGUAAUUAAAACAGAAUCUUCAAUACCUAAUCAAAAUCAUGUUCCUGAAAUAAAACCAUCAAAAACAAUAACAGUGGUAACACAAGAAAAUAAACCAAAACAUGUGGUCUCAACCGUUGUACAAUCUUUUGAAGUUGCACCUAAAAAAGAACCAAAACCUAAAAUAUCUGAAAAGAAAAAGUUAUCAUCAAAAGUGGAAGUUGUUGUUGUAAAAGAAACAAACAAACCAGUACUACCUCAAACUCCAAAAAUUGAAAUCCAUACGCAAAUUGAAAGUAAUGUUUUAAUUGAAGCUGAUAGUAGCCCUGCAAUUGCUGUUGCUAAUGAUCUUGUCGAACCAGAAUAUGAUUUUCUAUCUAGAGAACCAUCAGAAUUUGCUGAAGAGACCUACAAAGUUACAAAUUUAAAACCAUCUCAUCGAGCUAAAGAUAGCCAUGAUAAAAAACGUCAACAGAGUCAGUCGAAAGAUGUUAUUCACCCUACUGGAUUAGUUACUAAAUUAGGUGGAACAAUAGUAAAGGAUGGUGCUACAACUGUUCAUGAAACUAGUGUUAUUGGAACAUAUAUAUCUGGAAAAUAUGCUCAAGUUUUGCAAAGUUCCUCAAAAGUUUUUAAAAAACCCCCACCUAAGCUUUCAACUACUCCUACUCUAAGAAUAUUGAAGACAGCUGCACCAGCACCUCCGCCUCCAGUAAAAUAUCGGGCGGAACCAGCGCAACAAGAACAUGAUGAUGAAAAUGUCAGUUCGCGUACAAGUCAAAGGCGAACAAGUACAUCAGGAAAUUUCAAAUCUAGGCCCAGAAAACCUGCACGAGAUGAUCAUGAAAAUGUAACUACAGUUAAUGCUGGCACGGUUCCUCCUCCUUCAUCCAAACCUGGUAGGAAUCGGCAUAAGUCCAAACACCGCAGAAAUAAAUCCACGCGAACUUCUCAUAAGUCAGCCACAAUAGUGGCAGCUUCAGCUGCCUCCGUUGUUCCGGCUGAAAAUUCUUAUUCAAGACGUGCAUUCAAACCAAGAAUACAAGCAUCCGCUGUUGAACCUUCUCAGCAAGAAUCGACAAGCUUAUAUAAAUUCAAAUUAAACCGAUCUCCUGGCAGGUGGCAAUAUAAAACAUCACCAAAACCGAGAGUUGCAAUUAGAAAAUCAAACUUGGAUGAUCCAGUAGAAAACAAUGGCAACACAGAGGUUCUUUCAAAUGAUAUACCAAUAGGCAAUGCCAAUACAAGAAAUGAUGACACUGAUUUAGAUUCAUCAGGAUCAAUAAAUAGUGGUGUUUUAAAUGACUUAGAUAAAAAUGAAAAAAGUGAUGGUAAAAGGGAAAAAAAAUUACUAAUAGAAACUUUGAAUGUUGAAAUUUCAACGCCAGUGAAUUUUAAAGAUACCUAUUACGAAAUAGCCACAAUUAAAACUCCAUUCACUUUCCAGGUUGGUACUGUGAAAAAUACCAGAUAUAUAACAGUAACGUCAACAAUGGAAAAAACACUAGAUCCUGAACCAACAGCAACAGCAACUCUUACAGAACCUUUAAUGGAAAAUAUUUUAACAUCAUCGAAUCGAUAUUUAGACCAAAGUUUAUUAGAAUCAAGCAUAAUUACACUAUCUCCAUUGCAUUUAUCAAAUGACGAAGAAACUCCAGCUUUAGAAACCACUAUUGAAACAUUCAGUACAACACAGGAAAUAUUAAGAACGCAGAUAUUGCCCGUAGUUACAAAUGAAACAAGAACGUCAACAGUUACUUUGGUUCAAACAUAUCACAUUACAAGAUUAACAACAGCAACCAAAACAUUAGCACCAUUGGAAGUUUAUCAUAAAUACAAGGACUUUAAUGGUAAACUUGAAGAAGCUGGUUCGGAAAUAAACUUGGAAUUAGAUUUUGGUGAUGAUAAUGAUAAUGAUGAAGAUGCUGGUGCAGUUAAACGUUUACCUCCUGAAUUAGAUAUUGGUAUGAUUGGUGCUGAUUUUGAUUUGAUUGAUGUACGUCAAGGUGAACAACAUGAAAGAAGAUCAAAACCAGCCCGCCAAACACAUAAAAAUCAAAAUAAAGAUCCAAUACAAAAUAAUUUAUCACCUGAACAAUUACAACAAUUAGCUUUAUUAAAACUUUUAAAUCCAGCUGCUCAAAUACCUCAAGUUGUAACGACAUCUAAACCAGUUUUAAGAUUACAAACACUAUAUGAAUCACAUGUGAUUCCAAUUAUCAAUGGGCAAUCAACUGCAUAUAGUACAAUUUCAAAAGCCAUUGGUACUGUUACAAAAACUGAAUUAGAAUAUGGCACAUCCACAAUUAAUCCAUUACCGAUACCGCCGGUACCACUCAAUCCAAUAAACCCUAUUAAUCCGUUAUUCCCACAACAACAACCACAAUUCCAUAUAACUAGUGCACCAAUGGUAACGCAAACUGUCGUAACACAAACUGAAAGUAAAGUAUUAAAACUUACAUUUGGCGCCAAAACAGCUUACACAACAUUAUUCUCUACAAAUGUUGUACCAACAGUAUUAACAACUUUCGUUACAACAACGAUUCCUGUGCAGCCUACUGCAGCUGCAUUCCCUGGAUAUUUUCCAGCUCCAUUUGCUCCUUACCCCUAUGUGGGCUAAAAAAACUAUGAAUAAAACAACAAACGCACGGUGUUGAAAUGGCAUUAUGGCAGCGAAAUCUUAUAUUAAUAUAAGAUUGACUUAAUGUUUACUUAAUUUAAUUAUAUGAAAUCUUGCCUUGGUCAUCAUUAAAUCCAUUGUAUUCUAAAUGCAAUCGAGAAAAUUUAAGUUUUACUGAAAAAUUUUACACAUACUUAUGUAUCAAAUAAAUUAUAGCCUUACAGUGAAUCCGUAACUUGAAGAUGGAAAAAAAAAUAAAAUGAGCAAAAAAACGAUAACAAAUUGUUAACCCAGAAUCAAUUGUUAACCCAGAAUCGUUUUUCAACCAUGAUUUUUGUGCUAUAAAAAAUAAAUAAAAUAAUUAUUUAGAAAAUUAAAAAAGUGACAAUGGAUUUACUUAUCUUUUACAAAAUUAUACUUACACACUAGUAAUUUGAAGGAUCACAAAUAUUUAAUUUCUUUUUUAUUUUUUAUUCAAAUGUAAAUAAUUAUUGUUAAUUCGAAGAAAACAUAAUAUUCAUUUAUGUAUAUUAUAAUAUAUUAUAUAUAUGUAUAUAUAAUUAAUUAUUAAAGCAAAAUCCAUUUAAUCUGUAAAGCAUUGAAUUCACAAACCAUAAAUUUAUAAUUUUUUAAAAUAUUAGAAUCUGGUAGGAAAAUUCAGUUUAAACUUUCUAAAAUCUUUUAAAACAAAAAUUACUUUAAGUUAAUUGCAAAAUUCUUCUGAUAAAUUUCUAAUAAAUUUAAUUUUAUGUAAACUCAUUGAUGAUUAGACAAAACUAUCCAUUAUUUAGCAGGUUCAUAUAAUGUGCUUUUAGUUAAAAUGAUGUAAAUUCAAAAACAUUUUGUCUAAUGGCAACACUCUAAAAUAAGUACUACCAUUAUACAAAUUUCAAUAAAUAUUCCACUUUCGAUAACCCAGUGUUAAAAAAAAAUUAUUUAAAGAAAAAAUUAAAUUUUCGGAAAUUUUCCGUACUUGUAUAGUUUUCUACUAUUUGAUAGCUCAAUUUUCAUAUUACUCAUCCAUAAAAUUUAUAAUAAAUUACUUUUUAUUUUUCGAUAAUUUUAAUUCAAAAUCCAUUUUAUUUUAUAAUAUUGAUAAAUUAAGCAUAAUUUAUAAAAUUAAAUAUUUUAAUUUCUUACAUAUUGUCUAUACGAAUAUUCUCUCUUGUAUCAUAAUGUUUUCUUAUUAUACAUGAUUCUUCAUCACUUUUCGUUUAAUUUUAAGUAACAUAAUUAAUAAAAAGUAAAUGUAUAAUAUUUUAAGAUUU